AUAUGAAUCAUAUUGUCGGAUGAAGUUGACGAAUGUGAUCACCGUCACGAUGUGUCUAUAAAAGCAUCGACAUUUGGAACAAGACAACAAAAAAGAUACCAGCAUACCGAAAAAGAGUUCAGAGCGACCUGCAAACGCCGAGCAGCACGAAACUCAGAUUUUAGCCAUGGAGAGAUCCGUCAGAUUCGCUUUAGUGUUCGUGGCCAUCUCCAUGCUUAUUUCGUACCAUCCUACAGAAGCGUGGUAUAAGCAAGCGACCGGUCCAAGCUACUACUCCGUUGGUAGAGCUUCUGGUCUGCUGUCUGGCAUCCGAAGGUCACCCUACGUAAGGAGAUCCGAACCAGAAUCGGUGUUGGACAGCGACGAGUCAGCGGCUAACAGUGUCCUUCCCGACCUGGGAAAUCGACAGACCUCAAUCCUGAAAACCAUGGCUAUAUGUGUGAAAGACAUUUCCCCGAAUCUCCAGAGCUGCGAACUUGUUCAGGAUGGCUCGAGCACGUUCCAGUGUAAAGCGGACGUGCUCCUCUCGCUCGACUCACAGGACUGCGCGAGCGCCUGAUCCCCGCUAUCAUCGGGCUUAUCAGAGCGGCAACAGAGCGUGACGGACAGAGGACACAGAAUGUUUCAUUUAAACGACAAAAAAAAAAAAAAAAUCCAAAGUGUUUGACGGAUGUAAUUUCUGUUUGAGCCCAUCCCCCCAUACCCCGUACCGCGCCAACCCAUCGACUUUCCCUCUGUACCAACUACCAAAUGUAUUAAAUGACCAUACAUAGUUUACUGCUGUGCAGAAUUUCUCUAAUAUUCUCUCUUUAUUUUAUUUAUUAAAAUGAUUAAUAUACUGUAAA